AUGGCGAUCGGAGAAAUAUCACCAAACAACAUCAAUUACAUUCUACACCAUAUAUUCUAUUUAUCUAUUCACCUAUUCACAAGCAAAAAACAAAUAGAAAGGUGUAGACCGAAAGUAAGUGGAAACCCACGUGUGAGGCUCCUAGCAAGUGCCGUCAUCGAACAACGAACAAACACAUCACUACAUCACCACAUCACUACACCAUCCAACCAUUACAACACUACAAUACUACUUGAUCGCGAUCAUCGUCUACUGCCCGCCAUGCGGGAGAGCUCCCUCAAGCGCUCCCUCGGAGUAGACCUCACCCGCUCCCUCAGAGAGUCACGCGUUCUGCUUGUCGGCGCAGGCGGCAUCGGCUGCGAGCUACUGAAAAACCUCGUCCUCACCGGGUUCGGCGAAAUCCACAUCAUCGACCUCGAUACCAUUGAUUUGAGCAAUCUCAAUCGUCAGUUCCUGUUUCGACAUGAGCAUAUUAAGAAAUCAAAGGCCUUAGUUGCCAAGGAAGUUGCGCAAAAGUUCCGAUCUGACGCAAAGCUCGAGGCCUACCAUGCGAACAUUAUGGACGCCCAGUUUAGCGUCUCGUGGUUCGAGUCCUUCAACGUCGUAUUUAAUGCGCUAGACAACAUCGCCGCAAGACGUCAUGUGAACAAGAUGUGCCUUACGGCCAAUGUACCCUUGAUCGAAAGUGGAACUACUGGCUUCAAUGGCCAGGUUCAAGUCAUUCAAAAGUCGCAAACCGAGUGCUAUGAUUGCACACCGAAAGAAACCCCCAAGUCGUUCCCCGUGUGUACGCUCCGCACCAACCCCAGCCAGCCGAUUCAUUGCAUUGUUUGGGCGAAGAGCUACCUCUUGCCGGAACUUUUUGGCGAUAGCGAAGACGAAGCACCGGAGGUGGAUACCUCGGAGAACGCAGAUAAUGCAAAUGAAAUUGCAGAACUGCGCAAGGAAGCACUGGAGCUCAAAGAGUUGAGACAAUCGCUAGGCACCGAGGAAGCCUAUCAGAAGAUCUUUGAUAAAGUUUUUCGAAGGGACAUAAUACGAUUACAGGCCAUGCAGGAUAUGUGGAAGGAAAGGGACCCACCACAGCUCCUUGACUUUGCUCAACUCCAAGAAGAAUCCGCUUCGAUUGCUUCGACCAUCUCCACGCAUGACCAGGUAGUGUGGACAUUAGCGGAGAAUCUCAGCGUUUUCAAGGAUAGCUUGAACCGGUUGACCCAUCGUCUAAAGCAACUUCAAGAAAAGAGCCUUCCGGACCAAGAUUCCCCGAUCCUGACAUUCGAUAAAGAUGAUGUGGACACUUUGGACUUCGUUACCGCAACAGCUAAUCUACGGGCUGCUAUUUUCCACCUUGAGCUCAAAUCCAAAUUCGAUGUCAAGCAGAUGGCGGGCAAUAUCAUUCCUGCCAUUGCAACAACCAAUGCCAUGACGGCUGGACUAUGUGUUCUUCAGUCAUUGAAGGUGUUUCAAAACAACUUGAUGCAGGCCAAAAUGGUUUUCCUGGAGAGAUCCGGUGCUCGUGCGAUCAAUUCAGACUCGUUGAACCCCCCAAACCCCGAUUGCCCUGUCUGUUCCCCUGCGGUGGCUCAGGUUGAAAUUGACCUGGAGCUCGCAACCCUUGAACACCUCAUCCAGGACGUUCUUCGGAUGGAGCUGGGUUAUGGUGAAUAUCUUUCUAUUGGUUUUGGCAGUAAAUCGAUCUACGACCCCGAUUUCACCGAUAAUCUGCAGGAAAAAUUGUUUGACCUCGGCAUUAAGAAUGAGAGCUUCAUCACGGUAUACGAUGAGAAUGAACCAGAGCGAAUCAAUCUUGAGCUGGUGAUCAUUGCAAGAAAUGAGCCAUCUUCCAAGGACUCCAAACCCGCAGCGCUGCAGAAGAUGGUUGAGAUACCCCUAAAACCCGAGCAGCCCGAGCAGCCUGCGCAGCCUGCGCAGCCUGCGCAGCCUUCUGCCGAUAUUCUACCAAUUAACGGUGAUGCCCUGCAGCCCGAGAAGCUUGAUGAUCCAACUGUGACUGGGAAGCGCAAGCGUGAAGGCUCAAGUGACGAGGUGGAGCUUAGCAGCCACGAUGCCAAACGGCUCGCCAGUGCAUCCGUUCCUGACUCUAAGGGCAUUGAAGCUAUCGUUCUUGACGAUGAUGCCAACGAUGAUGAGGGAGGUAUCAUCAUGAUUGAUGAUUGA